AUGGUUAAUAAUAUAGAGAUAUUAGAUUAUUGCCAUUCUGGAAAUGAUGUGGUUUCAAAUAUAGUGAGUUAUAAAAAAAACAAUGACAAUUAUAAUUAUCGGGAGAAAUAUGAUGAUGGCAAUACAGGAAUAAGUAAAAAUAAUAUGGGAAUUAAUUCCAAUUAUAACAACGUUUUUAUGUUUAAUAAUAAAAGAGGAGAUGAAGCAAACCAAACAGGCACCAAUAUGGAAAACAUAACUCCAUAUAUAAAUAUAGAUAGCUUAGAAAACAAAACAAAAAUAAAUUUAAUUGACAAAAGUGGUAAAGAUGAUAAUAUGAGGAACCAUGGGUAUUACCAAAAUAAGAGUGAUAAUAAGAAGAAGAAUAGUAAAAACAGUAAAAAUAGCAGUAAUAAGUAUGUUUCAUUAGCUCAUGAAAAAGAUAAUGAUCAAGAGAUAAAUGAAAAGGAAAAAAACAAAUUAAAUGAAGAAAACGGGACAAAUACAAAAAAAACAUGGCAGAAGAGAGCAUUUAGUCCAUUUACACCUGGUGGUGUAAGAUCAAGUACAGUUUUAUUUUUAUGUACAGCUAUUGGUGUAGGUCUUUUAUCAAUUCCAUACGUUUUUUCACACCUUGGGAUAAUUUUGAGUAUUAUACUUAUAUUAUUAAACUCACUUGAAUCCUACAUAGCUACAAAUAUUUUGUGCAUGUCAUCACUUGAACACAAUAUAUUUGUAUAUGGAAGUUUAUUAGAAAAAAUCGGGAAUAAAUAUUACAAAACACUUAUUGAUUUUGGUCUAACAUUUUCAUUUUUAUCAGGAUAUGUAUUAAUAUUAAUAUUGAUGACUGAUUAUUUAAGUAAUGUUUUACACGCCUUUAAUUUCCCCAGUUUUAUUUGCAAUCGUGUAUUUAUAACGAUAGUUAUAUGCUUAUUAGAACUCCCAUUGACAUUUAGAAAGCAUAUAGAUUCUAUUAAUUAUUUUUUAAUUUUUUCAUUAUUUUCUAUAACACUAACUGUAUUAACAGUUGGAUAUCAAAGCAGAUAUUAUAUGAAUUUACUACCAGAUAAAAAUGUUUCAUUAUUUAAAAUAAAUAAGAAUUUUUUUAAAUGUUUUAAUAUAUUGUUAUUUUCAUUUUCACAACAAUCAAAUGCUUGCUUUAUAGCUGGACAAUUUAAUCAACCAACACAAAGAAGAAUAACAAAAUCAGAAUCAAGAAGUAUAAUAAUACAAGUUAUUUUUUAUACAUUAUUUGGUUUAUUAGGAUAUUUAUCCUUUUUAAAUACAACCAAAGAUAACAUUAUAUUAAAUUAUGAAGAAACAAAUAUGUCGAUACUUUUAUGCAAAUUUUUUUUAUGUAUAUCCUUCUUUUUUUCAAUUCCAUUAAAUUUUAUUGCGACAUAUCCUAGUAUGAUGUCUUUAUAUACAACAAUCCGUAAUAAUAUCCAAAAAUCAUAUUCCGUUUUAUUCAGAAGAAAUGACUAUUUGCCAUUUUUGUCAAAUAUUUUACGCUAUGAUACCGAAAACCCAUAUGGUGAAUAUACACAAGAUGGAAAUACAGAAAACUCAAAUGUAGCUGAAUCGCAGGAAGAUGAUAUGUUUCGACGAAAAUUCACCGCAGUUUUCGUUACUUGCUUAUGUGCUUUUGUAGAAUUUAACGUUAGUAAAAUAUCAAACUUUAUAGGUAUCUUUGGUGGAUUUACUUCGUCCAUUAUAUCAUGUAUCUUACCCAAUUUGAUAUAUUAUAAAAAUAUGCAUACUUUUAAGAACAAAACCGAGAGGUAUGCAACCUUAGCCCUAUUAUGUUUUUUUUCGGUAAUGGGGGUGGUUUCAUCUAUAGUUACCGCAUUUAUCAUAAUACGUUAG